GUGUCUGUGAGUCCAUAUGCCGCUCCCGGUCAGAGUGGUAGCGUCUGGUCCCCAGGCUCGCUCUUCCAGGAUGGCUUCGAGGAGACUGAUGAAGCUGCUGUUCUUUGAGCUCCUUGAGCUUGCUGCUUUCUCUGUCCCCACGCUGGUGAUAAUGGAACAGUUUGCCGAUGCCUAUCAAAGCACAAGGGGUACACCUGGCAAAACGCAUUAUUGGCUGAUUGUUUCCUGUUCCAUCGCCUAUGUAUCUUCAGUGACUCUUUUGAUUUGGGUUCCCGUGAAACUUCUCUUGUACAGGAAACGUCAUCUUUACCAAAAAAUCAAAGGAUGGAGACCUGUUAUGAUGAUGUGUGUAAUCCUCACCACGCUUCCCAGCUUCAGCUUUUCUAUAGCAGUGACCAAGGUUCAAAAGAAUAUUAAUGGUUCCACUUGUAUCUUACCGGAUACGUUACCUGACCUGCCAGUCUCUUUGGUUCUGACCUGCUUGAUCAUGGUUGAUAUUAUUGAAAAACUCAGGACAUAUCCUCUUAGAGGGAGGCAAAAGAGUAAAGAAGACAGGCACAUCCACACGACCAGUUUGCAGCAAAUAAAAACUGUGACGGAUGAAUUGAGGCAAAAUGAAGAAAACCUGACACCUUCGCAGCCAGCCAAGAGGACCCAGCUGUCCUGGCUACCAGGAGCCACAACAGGGGGCUCGACUCCUGAGCUGGAGGGACCCCAAGAGCCCACCUUCGAACAGGGAAUCCUGAGAAUGAUGUCACAGCAGGAUGUGCGCGCUGAGAUCUUCCUCUGGAGCUUUCUGCUGUGGUCAGACACGAUAGAAAUGGUGCGGGUGGCCGGGCACCCCAACGUGUACAAGUCAGGCUGGGUCUACCCCGUCUACAUCUUCAGUUUCAUUUCUCUUCUUCGAAUGAUACUGACUCCCCGGAACCCACUUCUGAAUUCCCUGGGCAUCGUGCUCCAGGAUCUACCCUUUAUCUUUGUUAGACUUAGUUUAAUCAUUGGCCUGGGAACGAUCACACCCAUCUUGGGCCUUUGUAAAAAUGUACUCGUGACUCUCUCUUAUGUUUACUUCAAUUACUUAACCAAAUUCAGGAUUUUCUCUCUCUUUGAGAUAUCUUUUUAACAAGGAAAUGUCCCAUAGUCAAACCUCUUUGUUAUGCACAUGCAUGCAUUUAUAAUCUUUUUGGGGGGCAGGGAUAAAUUUUUGCGCUAUAGGAAGAAAUGAAGAAUAGAUGCUAGAGAAAAAAACUAUUUUUAAAAACUGUAGCAUAUCAAUUUUUAAGAUGUAUACAAAUGGUGCUAAAUUUAAGCAAAGUUAUAGUCUUCUAAG